AUGAAAGCUGUGUUCCGCAUCGCGUUCAUAUUGCUCUUUGCAACCGGUUUCUUUACUAACGUUUAUGGAAAACGUGGAUUGAGCACCGAUGAGCAAAAGAAACUUCGGGAUGUUGUGAAUGCUGAUCGUCAAGCAGUUGGCGAGAAUAUGGGAAUCAAAUUUAAGAAACUGGGAAUUAGAUACUUCCACUGCGGAAAUUUUGAUGACGUGGCGUUGAAGGAUGCUCCAUUACUAGGAGAUAGUGCUACUGAUGGAUAUAUGGACGAAGUCAGACGGGAGACUGGAAUGGACGAGUAUAGCAGAGUGUAUUUCAAUCCGAAGAGCACAGAAAUCGGCUGCAUUAAAAAUGAUGGGGAAGUUUGUAGUUUGGGACCGGGUCACAGUGAUUACCCAUUCGAUCCACAAAACACUCCUGAGGAAGCUGGAAUGCCGAAUCUGUCGAAAUAUGGAGAAUUGCUGGGACUAGGACCAGCUGCAUCAGAAUAUGCCAGAAUUAUGCCCAUGUCAAGAAAAUUAGGAACUUCUAAAAAACCAAAAACAUGGGAUGACUGGGCAGCUGAACAAUCUACAGUUGAUCCGAAAAAUUCCUCAGCUGUGUCUUCCGGAAAAAUCUUCAGUUUAACUCUAUUUCUUGGAUCUAUUCUUGUAUUCUAUUUUUGA